AUGGCGGUCGUUAAAACGGUCAAAUACACCGAGCACUUGCACCGGACCACGACCGUGGCAAGUCCGACGGAGUAUUCCGUCUCCGUAGGUGAAAACCCUUCUCUGCCAGAGGCGCCCGCGAGGACGGUACGAAUCUCCGUCACGGACGCCGACGCCACCGAGUCCUCCGGCGAAGAGGAGGAAAGCAUCGGCUCCGUCCGGCGACUGAGGGUGAGGAGGAUCAUCAGCGAGGUCAGGAUACAGCCCUGCAGCGGCGGAGGAAGCCGCCGCCGCCGUCGUUCGCCGAGGAGAGCGGCGGCGGCGACCGGAGGCGUCCGGAAGUACAUCGGAGUGCGGCGGAGGCCGUGGGGGAAGUGGGUUGCCGAGAUUCGGGACCCCAAGCGGCGCGUGCGGCUGUGGCUGGGGACAUACGCGACGGCGGAGGAGGCCGCCAUGGUGUACGACAGCGCGGCCGUGCAGCUGCGUGGUCCCCACGCGCCGACGAACUUCUCCGCCCCUUCGCCGGAGGGGCACAGCAAACUUUUCGCGGGGUCGCCCAAGACGGUCCUCCGGUUCGUCUCGGCGUCUCAGGCCAAAGCGAAACCCGGACCCGAAGCCGAAGCGGAUUCCAAACCCGGUACUGCCUUAUCCUCCGGCCGUGACGAAGCCGUUUCGAAGAAGGAGAACGAGAAUCUCGAGGAGGUUGCGGGUUUCCCGGUGGGCAACGAUUCGUUUGGGGACUUGGAAAAACCGGUGCUCACAUCCGUACCCGUACCCGACUUGUUUGAUAAAACGGGUCCGGCGGACUCUGUUUUGGGGACCACGACUAGUCAUUGUGAUUGUUGGGACUGUGGGCCUAACGGGCCAAGAAUCGACCCAGAAUUAUGGGCCGGGUCGUCGCAAGUUGACGACCACUUUCAGGACUUGGGUGAUGUUUUUGGAUCGGAUCCACUGGUUACCCUUUGA